AUGGAGUUGACCACUGUGAAUCGAAAUAUAGUCAAUCAUCCAAAAGAAUCUAAUCGUCCUGUCUGUCAAGGAUUCAAAGUGAUCGAUACUUUUAUGGAAGACAAAUCUGUUGUACGUAGUCAAACAAAGAUACCAGCCUCUGUUACACUUAAUCAUCAUAAUAAAACUUCAUCAAUGGGAACAACUGGAACUCGUGUACAGUAUUAUGAACCGCAUACACUUCAAUCACAAAAAGUUUUCUAUCAACAGACGCAUACAAUAAUGAGUGGAUCAUAUAUGAUGAAUGGAUCACCUAAUCAUUUAUUAUUACAACAACAAUCUACCCAUGAUAUUCCUCGUUCAAUAAGAGUUGAAAGAAAUGAACUAGAAAGAGAAUGGAGUUUAGUGCGUCGUCGUGAAGACUUAGAAUUACCCGAUUUAAUACCUUUACCUGAAUAUACAAAGUUCCCUACUUUAUUAUCAAUGGAUGAUGUUGGCUCAGUGAUACAAUUGUUAGAAUUUUUCAAUGUCUUUGGUCCAUUCAUUGGUUUUGUUGUUCCGCAUACAAAUUAUAAAUCCUUGGAGUCGUCAGCAUCCCACCAUAGUACAACAGUUGAACGUGUAACAUCCUCAACAUCUACCUCAACAACUUUGUCUGCUUCUUCCUCUAGUUCAAAUUCAUCAUUAUUGACAUUAUCUAUUUUAGAAAAUAGUCUAUUAGAAUCUGAUCCUUGUGGUCCAUUGGCUGAUCUAUUCAUAAGUAUUUUGUCUGCUAUACGACGAUUUGAACUUGAAGCUAGUUCUCGUCAACCAACUCCAAAUAUGUCUUCUGCAACUGUCGCAGCUGCUUCAGCUGUUGCUGCCGCUGAAGCAGGAUUUGCUGUAAACACGCAAAUUUCACAUGUUUCUGGUGCUGGCAUUGAUUACAAUUCACUUCAUGAUGAAGAUACUGCAAGCCCUGAAGACAGUGCUCUUUUUCGUGUCCUAAGAGAGGCUGGUGCUUCAACUCGUCUGUGUGAAUUAGUCGGCAUACCAACUCAAGCGGCUACAAUUGCUGCGGGUAGAGCUGCUGUCGCUGCUUCUGUCGCUGUUGUGAAAGAAGAAGCUCAGGCCAAUUUGUUUACAGUUAGUCGACAUUCAGUUACCCGGGCUGCAACAACAGCUGUUAUCGCUGGAGCUGCAUCUUUACCACCUCUUGAUCGUGCUGGUCUCACAGAAGCUCUCUGGUUACAUAUAACUAGUGCAGCGGCAAAAGGUGGAGGUUGGCGUGGACAGAUUUGGGGUGGUACUCGACCACUUGAUGAUCCGUCGGUUAUGUUGGCUCGAAAUAAUGCAGAUCUAGUUGAAAAACUGAAGAAAGUAACAGUUUAUGAAUUAACUCCACAUGAAAAAUUAGUCUUACUCACAUGUUUAAUGGACGAACUGUUACUUCAACCACAAGUACGUGAACGUUUGGAAGAUCAAUAUGAACGUGUACGUUUAUUACGUAAUCAGCUGCGUACUAUACAAUUGGAUAGAGCUCAAUUAGUGACUUGUAAUCCUAUUACUGAUGAAGAUAAUAGCAAUAGUAAUUAUAACAAUAUUAAUCAAGAAGUUAUGCCACAAAUGAAAAAGUUAAAUUCUACAAAUAAUGAUGGACGUCCUCAUCUUACUACUUCUACUAAUACUACAACUACUACUACUGCAUCGGUUAACGUUAUUAGAGGAGGACGAGUGAACAGGGGAAGAGGUCGUCCAUUAAGUCGUAAAAAUGUACAAAUUGAAUCAAUGAAUACACCUUUAGAAACAUUUUUAUCAGAUAAUGAUUAUGCAAUGAUCAAUGGAAGAUUGAAUAAUAGUAACAGUAAUAAUAAUAAUCGUCAAGAAUUAGAUUCAGCUGCCGCUGCCGCUGCUACAUCAGCAUCCUCUUCUGCAUCAUUGUCAUCAUCUAUUCCUAAUAAUAUUAGUGAAAAACUCAUUGAAUCACUGUUGGAAGAGCAAAAGUUAUUGGAUGCUAUUACACAAGUUUCACGUGGCUGUUCAAUGAUACCUCUUGGACAGGAUAGAUUUUAUAGACAAUAUUGGCUAGUCCUAUCAAUCCCAUGUAUCCUAAUCGAAGAUUGUCCAUGUGUAGAUAAAAAUCCCUACUAUACACAUGCUACAAUUCGUAAUCGCCAAAUUACCUACGCCUUUCCUGACCUUGCUAAAAGAAUGGGACUGUACAGCUCUGAAGAGGCUGGCAAGCAUUUACGUGAGGCAAUCAAUUCUGUUAAAGACGGUGAAUUCAUAGAUAGAGAAGAAUUAACCUAUCGUGUUGUAGCAGCACUACCAAAUCCACCGGCUGCCUCUUCGACAACCAGUUUACCAAUUGAACAGUUAAGAGCUUUAGUUAAACCGGAACGUGUCAGUACACAGGAUUCAUCAUUGCAUAAUGCAUGUCCUGCAGUUAGACAAUUAGCUAAAUUACGCUGUUCCACUGUGAAACAAUCAACACCUCAAACUGUUUGGUCAAUUCUCCUACCUGAUGGAUAUAAAGAAUUGUAUAAGCACAAGUUAUUGCGUAAUAAUAAUAAUGAUAAUAUAAAGAAAGAACAACAGACGGUUAAUCCUAUUUCAUCAAGUGUUGAGGAGUCUACUUUACCGUCUACGGUGGAUUGUUCUUUGUCUGCUACAACAUCUGGGAAUAAGUCAGAAGAUUGCCCUCCUCCUCCUCCCCCUACUACUACUACUACCACUACUGAUUCCAGUGAAUCGGAGAGUAAAGAACAAACUUCUACUUCUAGUAAUGAUAAUUUGUCAACUGAAAAAAAUCAAUAUGAUAUGAUGAUUGAACAAGCUAAAUGGACUAUCGAUUGCUUAGAGGCAUCAUUAAAUCCUCGUGGAGUUCGUGAAUCCCGUUUACGUAAAACUAUUGGACAGUUAAGACCAUUACUUAUCAAAGUGAUUGCUAUGUGCCCACCUGAAUUGAUAUAUCCAAUGAUAAAAAGUAACCAAUCAGGAUUCAAUGAAAAGGCAUCAAUGGAUGCACCUCAAAAACCACCUGUUCCUACUGAUAACAUUAGUGCUAAUAAUACUGUUUCUCAAGAAAAGUUUUGCUCUGCACAGAAUACUGAAUCAACUGCUCAGGCAAUUAUGUGUUCAUGGUUAGAAACAGCUCUUGUUGGCAUUGGAUAUCGUUUAGGUCGAUUAGAUUUGAUAAAACGCCUACUAUUCGAUGAAUCGUGUAAAUCUAAAAAGGAAUCAAUUGAGAAUAAAACUGAAACUGAACAGAGUGAUGAACAAUUGUGUACAGAAGUCUCAGUAGACAAACCUAAUGAUGAGAAAGAGAAUGCAGCUGUCGCCUCUACAACAGCUGAAGAUUGUGCCACUGCUACUACUACUUCUACAACUGCUGCUGCUGCUGUUGACAUUCCUGUUAAGCCUUCUGAAUUAACAACAUCCUCAUCGAGCAAAUCUGUCGGCGAAAAUAUAAAACGUCUCGCAAAAAUACUCCUUCAUCUAGGCCAUGAUGUUAGUCCAAAAGGAAUUGCAGGACCGUUGGCGAAUGAUGAAAGAACUCUACGUGGUGGAGGACCUCUGACUAGCAUUCCAAGUAAACAAUCCAAUGAUGUAGAAAAUACAGUUUCAGAAAUAAUUCCAUCAUCUGAAACUACUUCUACGACUACUGAUCAGUCUACUGUAACUUCUUCUAAUGCUACAAAUAAUAUUCAAUCAAUAAGAACUACAGGUUGGCAAAGAUGGUGUGCUAGUGUGGAACAAGCGAAUACAACUUCUCAAUUGCAUUUAUUAGCACGUGCUCUUGAACGUGGAGCUCGUCGAGCAACUCUCGGUGGGCGAGGUGUUUCAUCAGCUAUCGCCAGUUAUGUUUCACAACAUCCUUUGCCAACUUUAAGGUGUACUUCAUGUCGAGGUCCACCUGAUGUUCUUCCUGUAUCUACUGCCCCUGGAAAUAUAUCUGCAUUUUCUGUUUGCUCUGGUUGUGCAUGUCCAUACCACUUAGAUUGUCUUCUAAAUUCUAAUAGUCGAAGAAUCAGUGCCCGAAGAUCUUCACGGCCUAGAUUGUCAACUGAUAUUACAAUUAUGAGCACAAAUAAUCCCGCCUUCAACAAUAUUGAUUUAUCUUUAACUGGCUUCCUUAGUAAUUAUUCCUCACUGUCGAGUAUAACAUCAGCUCGUAUGGAAGUGACAGGUGGUAGUCUUAUCCUGUGUACAUAUUGUCUUCGUUCAGCUGGUCUCCUGUCGUCAUCAACUGCAACAACAACAACAGCGACAACACCAACAUUAACGGAGGAUCAUGUUGAAAUAAAAAGUUCAAAUAGUCAAGCAUUUCAAUUAUCUACUACAUUAGUGUAUUCAAAUGAUGAUUUUUGUAUUAAAGAGGAUAUUUCACAGAAAGGAAAACCUAUUGGACGAAAACGUCAUUCUGUUAACAUUGAUGAUCACAGUGACAAUGAUGAUCAUGAUCACGAUAAUGAUGGUGAUGAUGAUGAUGAUAAUGACGGUUCAUCCUCAAAUCAUGAAAAUGCUGAUGAAAAGUUCGACAGUAUUCUUGAAAAUACAGAAGAUUCCAACAAUACUGUGAAUAGAUCAAAUCGUCGUAAUGAAAUAAAAACGCUUCAAACCAAUAUACGUACACUGUCAACAGUUGUUGUUAAACGCCCUCGUGGGAGACCAAAACGUGUUCAUCAUAAUCGUGGCCGUGGACGGGGACGCGGACGUGGACGUGGACGUCCUUCAACAAUUGGAUCAAUUUCUGAAAAGGCUGAUCGUCAUCAUCAUUCCGAUGAUUGUCAUAGCGAUGAUGAUGAGGGGGAGGAGGAGAAAGAGGAGGAUGACGAUGCCGAUGUAACUGAUGAUAAAUCAUCAAUGGAUGAUAUAACAUCGAUAAAUAAAUUAUGCGUUACUGUAGAUGUUCAUUAUGAUGAUGAAGUUGAACAACUCCUCCUCAAACCGUAUAAUCAACAGAAAAGAUGUAAAGAAAAUACUGAAAGCGAUAAUAAUAAUGAUAAUCGAGAUACCUGCAGUCCCAAGGUAACGAAUACCACUGACAGAGGCCGACGUCCUAGUGGUCGUGGUCGUCCACGAAAGUUCCCCAAAUCUAUCCCUAGUCCUUCACCAGACCUGUCUGAUCCAAUUCCUUCGAUAAUCAAUAACAAUGACCAGUUGGAUCAAGCUACUGCAGAACGUUUUAUGUCAGAGUUAUGCAUGAGUAGUUCAGCACGUCCACUUCUUCGAUGUGGACUUGGUCGAAGUGCAGCUCUGACAGAAUUGAAUCAAUCCAAUCAUGAUGAUGAUGAUCGUGAUUGUGAUAGUGGUAAUGUCGUUAAUUCACAGAAUAAUUUGGCUGUCAAUUCUGUAAGUGGUGAACGUUCUGGUACAACAACAGGUCAUCGAACACGAUCAACAACAUCGUCGUUAACACCUACUGUUGCUGGAGAUCGGAAAUUGUACGCCUUAGAUCUUGUUGGCUUACAAGAGUUAUUAACUCGUGGUGAACUACCUCAGGGUCCAGGACAAGUAGUUCCACAACUCAGACUCCUAUUAUCCCAUUGGUUACGUAGUAAUCGUCCUGGUAGCCGAUUGCAUCAAUGCGCUUCAGAUCUGUUGGAACAAAUGAAUAAAAAGUUGAAAACGCUAAAAUUGAAUACAUCUAGUGUAAAUGGUAUACACAAUAAUAGUAAUAAUAAUAAUAAUCCGAGUAAUAAGAACAAUGAAGACAAUAAUAAUAAUAAUCUGAGUAAUAACAAUAAUGUAGAUACUGUCAUGGAUCAGGAGUCGACUACAAGUCAUUAUGGAAAGCGUAGACGACAAUAA